AUGUUCCUCCUCGCUCUUUGGCUCGUCAUCAUCGCCCCAAGUCUGUCGGUUGCAAAAGACAGCAAACGAGGAUUGACUUUCCCCUCUACAAACAACCCGCAGGAUGUUCUAAACAUUAAUCAGACGAAAGGUGUUGUAUCGUGGAUAUACGACUGGGCUCUUACACCGCCAACCUACCUCAUCAAUACCAGCCUCGAAUAUAUCCCUAUGCAGUGGGGCUCAGGCAAUAUCGAGAAUCUAGCAGCGGCCGUUAAAAGUCAAAAUGCCACGACGUUGUUGACGUUCAAUGAGCCGGACUACAGCGCACAAUCGAACCUAGAUGCUACAUAUGCCGCAGAGCUAUGGCAGCAAUAUAUCGAUCCGCUGAAAGAUGAGGGCGUUCGUCUCGGAGGUCCUGCCAUCACCAGUUCCAGUACAGGAAUGCCAUGGCUAAGGGAAUUCAUGAGUGCAUGCGGAAACUGCACCAUUGAUUUUCUGACUGUUCAUUGGUAUGGUGAAGGCACCGCAGGAUUUUAUGAUUAUCUUUGGUCUCUUCAUGGUGACUACCCAAAUUACAAAGUGUGGGUGACCGAAUAUGCAGAUACCGAGGGGAACGCCACCGAUGUUCUCCAGUUUAUGAACCAAACUACCACGUAUAUGGAAAGUCUCGAUUGGAUUGAACGAUAUGCAUGGUUUGGUUACUUUGUAGGUCAGAUUUUGCUUCUUUAUUGCCUCUACUCAUACUCUAUCAGAGACCUGAGAACGGCACAUAUUAUAGUGGGUCCUUCAAUCCUCAGCAUUAUUAUAUUGCUAUAUGUAAUUGACCGCCAUCGUAGACCUUUUGAAUGA